UCUGGAUAGUUUUGGAACCUAUUAUUCAGUGAUGUAUAACUGUUAUUAGAUAAUACAUAUAUUAUCAGGUUUGAUUUAGCUAAUAAUUUGUACCUAAUACCAAAAAGCAGAAAGUCUAAUUAGUGAGAAAUACUGUACACGAGAGAGGAAAAAAGUAUAUGUUGAGUAGUAAAGAAUAAUUGCAAACUUGGCGCACUACUGGGACCACAUGAAGGGAGUUGAAAUGAUUUCCUCUAUUCUGCGCAUCACUACAGCGGCCAUUUGCCAGAGAGGUGCACCGGGGACUACUGGUUCAGCGAACUAGUCACGUCCCAUCAUCCCUCCCCUCGUCUGCCCUCUUGUGGUUCAAACCCUGGGUAAAGCGAUCACGACAGAAGCCACGCUACCAGAGCGUCAGUCAUCUGCAGCUAUAAUCCUUCCCAGGGCACGUACUGAACUGGAUAAAAAUUUUGAGAAUAUUCCGCAAGCUACAGGAGACGGGAGACUUCUGCUAAUUUACUGUGUUGCAGACAACAGUCAACAACAAUGCGACAUCACCCUCUGGCUCCGGGACUUGAACAAAGACAUCAUUUAGCGGCGCCGUGUUAAUGCAGCCCCUAGCUUAACCAUGACUGCGGCUGCUCUCAUAGGAGACCAGCUGAUCCUUGAAGAGGACUAUGAUGAGAACUAUAUACCCUCUGAACAAGAGAUCCAAGAGUACGCAAGAGAGAUUGGCAUUGAUCCCAGCAGUGAGCCGGAGCUCCUGUGGCUGGCCAGGGAGGGCAUCGUUGCCCCUUUGCCUCCUGAGUGGAAGCCUUGCCAGGACGUGACGGGGGACAUCUACUAUUUCAACUUCUCCUCGGGCCAGUCCACCUGGGAUCACCCCUGCGAUGAGCACUAUCGCCUCCUGGUGGCCCAGGAGCGUGAGCGCACCCAGCUCACGGCCGCCGCAGGAGGUGCAGGGGCGAAGAAGGACAAGGACAAGAAGAAGAAGAAAGAAAAGAAGGAGAAGAAAGAGAAAAAGAAGAAGGAGCCACUCAAGACUCCUGGAGCACUGACUUCAGCCUUGGGACCCUUACCGUCCCCGCUGGGCAGCCUGGCUCCUCUGAGAGGUCUGGAUGCCUCUGGUCCAGGCCCAAUCUCUGGAUCUGCCCCUGCUCUCCGAGGGUCCCUCAGCAGUUCUGGGGGGCUGGAGCCCCUCAAGACUUCCCUAAGGGGUCCUAGAAGCAGUGGGGUAUCUAGCGUUUUAGGCAGCAGGCAGGAGGAGAGGAUGUCCCUUAUUCUGCCUGGUUUUGAUGAUGACGAUGACAAUGACGAAGAUAAAAUCUCAGAAAAUGAGCCGAGUCCUCGUGAUUCAAACAGGCUAUUGAAGAACCUCCACCUGGACCUGGAUGCCCUUGGAGGAGGCCUACAAUAUGAGGACAGUGAAGCCAGUGGUAGAGCUCCACCUGAGGAGAGGACAGAGCCAGAGCUGCAGGACUUGGCCCUGUCUAGAGACCACAGCCCUGAACCACUCUCACAACAGGAGUCUGAGAGCAGUAAAAACAGUGAGGAGGCUUCAUCCUCUAUAGAUGUCAAGCUGUUGGAGAAGGUUCUGGACAUCAAUGACCUGUCUGGCACUGUCAGUCCACUGGAGAAGGAUGACAGAGAGGAUACAAAAGAAGAAGAGGAGAACGAGGGGGGGGCAAACCCAAAGGCUCCAGAGGCUGCCAAGAGGCAUACCCUGGCUGAAAACAAAGGCACCCCUCUAGCCCAUAAAGUUGAUCGACUCAUCCUCCACCAGUCCAACCCUUCGCCCUCCCUCUCCAGCCCUUCCUUCUCAGAGCAAGGUGUCGAGCUCCAACCAAAAACGGAAGGUUUCAGCAUGUCUUUGGGGCUCCAGAGGCCAGAAACUGCCAGAGGCCGGCUGAUGCGCAGUUCCAACACCCAGCUUGAAGAUGCUGAACCCCACUUACAAAACCAAGACAACUCACUGGAUGAAGAGCCAAGCUGGGGAAUCCAGAAGGACAGAGAGAAGAAAGAGAGGGAGGAGGAGGAGGAGAGGAAGAGGGCAGAGAGAGAGGAGAGGAGUCUGAGAGAAAGGAAAGAGGAGAAGGAGAGGGAGAGGAGGCGGGCUGAUCAGCAGGUGGAGGAGGAGAGGAAGCAAUUGGUGAGGGAGAAAGAGAAGAGAAUGUGUCUCCUCCAGGAGGAGCUGAGGAGAGAAGAGGAGGAGGAGGAGAGGAAACUGAAGGAAGAGAGUGAGGAAAGAAUGAGGGCUCUGCAGGAGCGCCUCCUGUCUAAGAGGAGAGAGGAGGAGGCCAGGCUCAUUGAGGAGUCUGAUAAGACGCUGGAGGAGUUCAGAGAGUCUGUCGAGAGGGAGAGGGAGAAGCAGCAGCACAAGCUCAGGGAGGAGAGUGAAGCCAUGCUGAAAGAGUUACGUAUCACUCUUGAGGAGGAACGGGCAGCGGAGCGCGACAGUCUGGAAGCCCAGAAGAGGCAGAACGCUGAACGUCUGAAGACAGAGUUAGAAGAGGAGCUGCAAGCAGAGAGGAGGAGACUCCAGCAAGAGCAGGGAGAUAAACUGAGCUCUCUGAAACAGGAGGUCAAAGGCAUAGAGAGGAGGAGGGAGCUGAUGUUGACUCCGCGACCUGAGCAGCACCUGGCAGAGUACCACCGAGAGCUGGCUGAUGUGCUCCAGGAAGUGCGGGAGGAGGUGCAGCGUGACCACGAGAGGAAGCUGGAGCAGCUGAGGGAGGACCACAGGAGAGAGAUGAACAACAUCAGAGAGAAAUACCUGGAUGAGGAGACCGCUCAGAGGGAGCGCUUGCUGUCCACUCUGCAGGAGGACAGAGAGCGUCUCCAGGCCUCCCACGCUGUCCAACUGGAGAAACUCCGGCUGCAGCUCGACAUGCAGACACAAAAGACACAGCUCACACACUCGCGCAAGGAGUCAGAAUUGCGGGAUCUGGCAGAUCAGUUGGAGCUGAGAGCCAAAGAGCUGAAGAGCCAGGAAGCCAUGCUGCAGACCAAGGUAGCAGAUCUGAGGAGAAAGAGGAUGAAGCUUGGAGAGGAAGAGGACGAGGUGGAAAGACAGAUAGAGACCCUACCCCGGCUGAUCCAGGAGAGAGACCAGCAGAAGGAGGAGCUGGAGAGGAUGAGAGAGGAGAAACAUCAAGCCCGAGAACUCAUUCAGAGAGCCAGGGAGGAGAGGAGUAAGGCCAAGGAGGAGGAGGAGAGGCUGAGACAGGAGAGAGACAAAGCCAGAGAAGAGAGCAGGAGAGCAAAGGAGGACAAGGAGAGACAGGAGAGCAAGGUGACACUGCUGCAGGAGAGAUGCGAUCGUCUCAGCCGCAGAGUCAGUGAGUUGGAACAAGGUGAAGGGGCGAGCGCCUCCCCCAGACCAGAACCUAAGCAGGACAAAAAGAAGGAAGAGAAAACAGAGGUGACAGCGCCCUCCAGUGACAGGAGAGACUCAUCACUACAUGUAGAGGACCUGGACGACUCACCACUCUCCCCUGUACCUGACAGCCAAAGCAGCGUGGACGAGUUCCGACGCUACAUCUCUUCCCACGGCGCCUCCAUCCAGAAAACCAAACUCUUCCUGGAGAGGGAGAGCAGCCGGCUGAUGGAGCGACAGGCAGCUCUGCAGGCGGCCCAGACCAGCUCCUCCCAGGACCCCAACCAUGAUGGAGGGGUGACUGAGGAGAUGAUAAGAAACCUACUGCACGAAGCCAGAAACGUGGCGGAGCUGCAGCAGACCGUUCAGAGAGGGAACUCUCUCCUGCGUAGGAAAGAGGAGCAGCUUCAGCAGCUGGAGAGCUCUAUAGCUGAAAGGCCUCUGUUGGAGGAUCUGUCUCGACUGGCAGGAGAAAGGAAGGUGACCUUUGAUGUGACUGAGUCGGACCUCAGCAGCACUUUGGACCCACCGGACGGGGCAGGAGGUCAUCCCACAGUCCCAGCCAAAGUCCAGGAGUUAGCAGAGUCCCUGCAGCAGAUCUCAGGCCAGCUCAACACUGUCCUGAGUGCACUGGGUUCGCUAGCUCAGAGGCAGAGUGCUACACCUUACACAGCCUUCCCUUUGCCUCUAUCUCAGCCUCACUCCACCCCAGCUCCCACCUCCACCACCUCCACCUCUAACCCAGUCAUGCCGCAGAUGCACACCCUGGGCCCCGGCUCCUUAGCCCCACAUCCCGCAGUGAGGCUCUCAGAGCCUUCCUGGAACUGGGCGUCUCAGGGCAACCCUGCGGCCACCCCUCUCUACAGCACCCCCAUCAGCAGUGGGCUGAGGGCCUCUGAGGACCUCAUCAACAACCGAUGGAGCCAGAUUUUCCCGGGAGCAGCUAUGGACCCGAUCACCUCCAGCACCAUGAGGACCCCCUCAGCCUACCCAUCAUACACUCCUCUUAGUGAGCAUGGUCGCAGCCUGCAGUCCAUGCAGAAGUCAGUGGAGGCGGAUGGCCAGAGGCUGCAGGGGCUGAUCGACGGCAACAAGAGGUGGCUGGAGAUGCGCAAGAAAGACACCAGCAUACCUCUGUUCACUCGCUAUCGGGCUACGUCCUCCAAGAGCGGCCUGGUCCAGCUGGGCCUGGAUGAUAACAACCAGAUCAGAGUCUAUCAUUACUGAGAACACGACGCACAGUUCAGUCCGGUUGUACUGUGACUGUCACGGAGGACUUUGACUUUAAUGGCUGGUCAGAGCUGUGACGUUUACACGCGGGGCCUGACGUGAGAGUCCUGUGCCCUCUUUGAUUCAUUCCUUUUUUUGGAACUUUGGGUGCAAAGGUUUUCAGGGAAAGCCCGUCCUCCUCCGCUGUGAUUGGAGGAAGAGCCGCAUGCAAUUCAGGGAGCCACAUACCAAAGUGGGCUGAGGAGUUUUAUUAGAUAUGGCUGUGAGCAGCAGAUCACUUUUUAAAGCAAUUCAGUGUCUACUUUAGAAUACGUCUUUAUUACUAAACAUUUUCCAUACGUCAUCCAAUUUGUCUUAAUGUUGUCUUAACGCAUUUGCUUCUGCAGACAGGACAUAACACUUAAAAGCAGAGCUUUACAGAUGCCAAGAGGUUCAAGUUCCGUUUCAUGACAGGUUACAUUUGUAUUUAUGCCACUGUUUUUGUAAAUGACUUGUGUGUGAACUCUGCGUUUUUUUUUAUAGUAAAGGUGAAGCCAAUCCACUUAUUUUACAUUACUUUUACAUACUCUCACAAACACAGAUCUAGCACAGCAGUCAUUGGGAGCCGUUGACUAGUGUCAACUUUAAUGUGUGCAGGCAGAGAAAAAAUGUCCUUUGUGCAUAGAUAUUUGCGUAAAUACUGUAUUUUUUUAUGAAAUAUUUUAAUAAAUCUAAUUUUCUACAUAUGUAUUAAUGAAUUUCUCCUGUACUGAUCCUGUUAUAAGCUAGUAUUGUUGAGUGUAGUCCAUUGUUGGUGCAAGUGCAAGUGUGCACACGCAUUCACACCCUGACUGUAUUUUGUUCACAAGGGAACUAAAUGGCUCAUUUGAGCUGGUCUCUCAAGAGUUUCUGUGAUCCUGACACUGCUCGAGUUCACAGACGAUGGAGCAGCUCGGUGUCGUCCUCACGAAACGCAGAAAGCAGCAAAAAAGAAAAAAAAAAAGACCACAUAUCUGAAAACUCAGACCUUUAUUCAGUAACCGCUCAUUGCAACGUUGGACGUGUUUUAUUCAGUACAGUGCAAAAAAUACCUUUGCGGUCAGGCUUGAGGGCAGUCAAGAAGUAAAUACAAUCAUUAUCAUCGAUAUUCUCCAACGAGAAGGAUGGCUAGCUUGAGGAACUGACCAAUCAGAGCACAGAAUGUGACUUACAUGAUUAGAACAUUAAAGGCCACUGACAGACUGG